AUGCUCAGUCGAAGCGAUGGUGCACCUUGGGCAGACAUGAUAUUGGCCAGGGCAGUUGCUGCCAUAAAAGGACGCCGAUGGAAGGAAAUUCAGGUGCAGUAUUUUCCAGCCCGAUCUCGCAAUGCAAUUAAGAACCAGUAUACGAUCUUGAUGCGUCGACGUACCAAGUCGAAGAGCACGGCGAAGAACGCAGCUCCACUUGAACCUCUUGACACAGAGUCUUCCCAGAAUCCGGCAUGGUCCUCUGAAGAGGAUACAGAUGAGUCUGGACAGAGCAGCGAUGACGAGGAUGACGGCACAGCCGUAGAGCGUCGGGACCCGCGCAGCUCCAUGGAGGGGAUUCUAACGCAAACAGACACUGGUGACACGGCAGAAGGCGCAGAAAACAUCACUUUAAUACAGGACUCACAAUGGGACAUGCUCUCUGGCUUCUCAAAUGAAUCAUGGGACAAGGUGCUGUCUUCGAUGGGGGAGCCCAGCGACACGGGCCUCUACUUCGACGGCGCGGUGCCAGGCCUGCCUGCGGCCAUUCCAGAGACGACACCGCAUGGUUACACCCAUGACGGAGGUAAACCGGACCUUUACUCUACCCCGGCUGCUCCCCUUUUACCUGCGCAGGGUAGAACCCCCGUGCUGUUUAGCCCUCCUGACCAGGACGGCGCAGCAAUGAUGGGCGUUGAACCAACGCAACAGGAAAUCGGGACGAUUCCUCACACUGUCACUCGAAGGGGCUCGGAGGGGAACAAGGUCGUUCUCAUCGUGGAAGACCCAGACAAGACGACAGUCGAGUCCUUGAUGCAGGUUGUGUUUUCGAUAAUAUGCCCUUUGGACACGUCGCCAAGUCGGUCCUUGUCCGGCGGAAAAGCGUCCAGAGGGGGGUUGUUUGCUGAGGCGGGACGAAGUUGGCCCGGCUUGACAAAUGGCGGCGGCCCUAAGUUGCCGGCCACUCUAUAUAACAUUCUGAGGGGCGUCGCAAUCCUAGACAUUAGUUGGCUCCCCUACGGAUUUUACUUCCUUUUGUCUGUCGCCAUGGCUGACUCUACCUUGUCGGAUGCUGAAAAGAUCGCCCAGAGUGAUUCGUCGCUGGAUUCGCAGGCGAAGCGACAUAUCACGGGCGUUAAGUGGUUCUUGUUUCUGGUCAGCACCUUGACGGCCAUCUUUGUGUACUCUCUGGACAAUACGAUCGUCGCGAACAUCGUUCCUCAAAUCGUCAACAACUUCAACGCCGUCGAAGACCUACCAUGGCUGUCGGUAGGGUUCAUGAUCGGAGGAAUGGCCAUGGUGCUGCCCUUCGGCAAGCUGUACACGAUCUUCGACGCUAAGUGGGUGUUCAUUGUCUCCACCGUCGUGUUCAUGGCCGCCUCUGCGCUCUGUGGCGGCGCGCCCACGAUGAACGCCGAGAUCGUCGGGCGCGUGUUUGCCGGCGCCGGCGGGAACGGCAUGUACUUUGGCCUGCUGGCCCUGAUAUCCAUGAACACCACGACCCAGGAGCGGCCCAAGUAUCUCAGCUUAACCGGGCUGGUCUGGGGUCUCGGGACGGUUUUGGGUCCUGUCGUCGGCGGCGGCUUUGAGCUGUAUACCUGGCGGUGGGCAUUCUACAUCAACCUGCUGUUCGGCGCCAUCUUGCUGCCCACAUACCUGUUCGUCAUCCCGUCCAACGACCCGCUCCCGGGAGUCUCGCGGUGCCAGAAGCUGGCGACCUUUGACUGGGUGGGCGCCGUGCUCAGCAUCGGCGCCUUCACCACGCUGGUCAUGGCCAUCAACUUCGGCGGCACCCUGUACGCGUGGAACAGCGGGCAGAUUAUUGUGCUGUUUGUGGUGUGCGGCGUGCUGUUUAUUAUUUUUGGCAUCCAGCAGGGCUUUAACAUCUUGACGUCUUUCGAGAACCGCAUGUUCCCCAUCCACUUGUGUGUCCAGAAGGAGCCUGUCCUGCUUUUUAUCUCGUGCGCUGCUGUCGGCGCCGUGUCCUAUGUCACCGUGUACUACAUCCCUAUUUACUUCCAGUUCACCCAGGGAGACAACGCCAUUAAAUCCGCCGUGCGCCUGCUCCCGUUCAUCUUCCUGCUGAUCACCACCAUCCCGACGAGCGGCGCCAUGAUGUCGCGUCUCGGCUACUACAAGCCCUGGUACCUGGGCGGCAGCAUCAUUGCGCUGAUUCCGGCCGUGCUGAUGUCCACCAUUAUCCACGUCCACACCCCCUCCGGCGUCAUGUACGGUCUCGAAGUCGUCCUGGGAAUCGGUGCUGGCGCGUACACCCAGGCCGCUUUCGCUGUUAUCCAGGCCGUCGUCGCCCCCUCCGAGGCGCCCAACGGGUUGACUCUCAUGCUCCUGGCCCAACUCAGCGGCAUGACGCUCGGCUUGUCCAUCAGCGGCGCCAUCUUCAUCAACAUCGCGCAGAAGAACCUCUUUGCGCUGCUCCCGCAGAUCCCGCAAGACGAGGUCCGCCAGGUCGUCUCCGGAACAAGCGGCCAGCUGAUCGCGUCGCUGUCGGACUCGCUGCGCGAACAGGCGCUGGCGAUUAUCGUGUCCGCGUGGCAGAAUAUUUUUGUCUGUGUGUAUGCUGGCGCGGCGGCAAGUUUAGUAUGCGCGAUCUUUAUGUCGCAUAAACGAUGCAAUGUCUCGCCUGCGGCAGGUGGUGCGUGA